AUGGAAAUUCACGGUGCAGCCUUCCUUGUGGGUCUUGUAUCACAGACGCGACGACUGUGUCGAGUGACCACCGAGUGCCGAGUGACCACCGAGUGUCCAGUGACCACCGAGCGCCGAGUGACCACCGAGUGUCCAGUGACCACCGAGUGUCCAGUGACCACCGAGCGCCGAGUGACCACCGAGUGUCGAGUGACCACCGAGUGUCGAGUGACCACCGAGCGCCGAGUGACCACCGAGUGUCGAGUGACCACCGAGUGUCACGCGAAUCGAGUGACCACCGAGCGCCGAGUGACUACCGAGUGUCCAGUGACCACCGAGUGCCGAGUGACCACCGAGUGUCACGCGAAUCGAGUGACUACCGAGUGUCCAGUGACCACCGAGCGCCGAGUGACCACCGAGUGUCCAGUGACCACCGAGUGUCCAGUGACCACCGAGCGCCGAGUGACCACCGAGUGUCGAGUGACCACCGAGUGUCGAGUGACCACCGAGCGCCGAGUGACCACCGAGUGUCGAGUGACCACCGAGUGUCACACGAAUCGAGUGACCACCGAGCGCCGAGUGACUACCGAGUGUCCAGUGACCACCGAGUGUCGAGUGACCACCGAGUGUCGAGUGACCACCGAGUGUCCAGUGACCACCGAGUGUCCAGUGACCACCGAGUGUCGAGUGACCACUGAGUGUCCAGUGACCACCGAGCGCCGAGUGACCACCGAGCGUUGA